CGCGCGCCGCUUUCUUCGGAGCCGCCGAAUCACAUGACAUAACUACGCUGGUUUGGCUCGCGAGCUAACAUGCUAGCUCUCCGGUCAGAGCCGCUGUCAACAGCCGAAAACGGACGGAGCAGCGUCCCCCCCGACUAACAAGCAGGGCCGGUUGCAAACUCGCCAAGUCUCCGGUAAAAGUGAACCGAUUCCCCCCCCUUCCUCUUGUUUAACCGUGUUUCGCCGUGAAGCCGUUAUGUGACGUUAGCUCGCUCUACAGGAAAACACGCUCAUGGACAAAGGUGACUGGCUGAUAAGAUGCAGAGGGGGGACAUUGGACUUGUGCAGAGAGAUCAGCGUGAGGAUGACGUCAGAGUAGAAACCGCUUCAAUUGGUCCAAUACGACCCGUUGUGUCUGUAAGACGGACUGCAGAGCUCGCUUGGACUUAACUCGCUAUGCCGACAUGACAUUUGACAAAGGGACUCGUCCUCUUCCCCGGCUCACUGUCUUCAAGAUAUCGAGCCGUUGCUCUUCCGCCCGAUAAGUCACAGGUUUUUUUUUUUUUUUUUUUGGCAUCCUCCUCCGGGGGGGGGGGGAAGCAAGUCCCUCCGUCAGCGCCGGGGUGCAUCGACAGGCGCAGGUCGUGGACUCUCCUGGGCGGGAUGGACGGACGGUGAAUAAGACAUCCGCUUCAGAGGUGCACGUUGAUUUUCGUAAUGACAAGCUGCUGUGCAGAAGAUGUCCACGCUGUCUGUGACUGAUAUCCCAGAUGUUGGUCAUGAUGAGAGGAAGGUGUUUGUCGGGGCCUCUGAGCUGCAGCUGGACUGCAUGGUUGAGGAGCGCGGCGGAAGCACCGCAAUGAAGCACGAAGGCCUGCUGUCGCUGGCUGACCUCUCCCAGCCAGAUGACCUCCCCGCCCCCUCCCACAACGGCCUGCCGCCGGCCGACAUGAGAAGAAGGAGCCCCCUGCUGGUGGAGCCGAGCGACAUCAAGCCGGAUCCGUCUGCAGAUGGUCAGCCGGUGAAGAGGAAGAAGGGCCCCGCCCCCAAGAUGCUGGGCAACGAGGUGUGCAGCGUGUGCGGCGACAAGGCCUCCGGUUUCCACUACAACGUGCUGAGCUGCGAGGGCUGCAAGGGCUUCUUCCGCCGCAGCGUCAUCAAAAGCGCCCAGUACAACUGCAAGAACAAUGGCCGCUGCGAGAUGGACAUGUACAUGCGGCGCAAGUGCCAGCAGUGCCGCCUGCGCAAGUGUCGGGAGGCGGGCAUGCUGGAGCAGUGCGUGCUCUCCGAGGAACAAAUCCGGCUGAAGAAGAUGAAGAAGCAGCACGAGGACGAGUCGUCCCGCGCGUCCGCCGUGGUCACGCCCACGCCGCCGCAGGAGAUGGCCUCGCUGGACCCGCAGCAGCAGGACAUGAUCGAGAAGCUGGUGGCCAUGCAGAAGCAGUGCAACAAGAGGUCGUUCCUGGACCGGCCCAAAGUCACCCCGUGGCCACAGAGUCAGGACCUCCAGAACCGGGAAGUGCGUCAGCAGCGCUUCGCCCACUUCACCGAGCUCGCCAUCAUGUCGGUCCAGGAGAUCGUGGACUUCGCCAAGCAGCUUCCUGGUUUCCUGGAGCUCACGAGGGAGGACCAGAUAGCUCUCCUGAAGACGUCCACCAUCGAGAUCAUGCUGCUGGAGACGUCUCGGAGGUACAACCCGACUAUAGAUAGCAUCACGUUCCUGAAGGACUUCAGCUAUAACAAGGAGGAUUUCGCCAAAGCAGGGCUUCAGCUGGAGUUCAUCAACCCCAUCUUUGAGUUCUCCAAAGGAAUGAACGACCUGCAUCUGGACGAGGAGGAAUACGCUCUGCUCAUCGCCAUCAACAUCUUUUCUGCAGAUCGGCCAAACGUGCAGGACCACGAUCUGGUGGAGCGGCUGCAGCAACCCUACGUGGACGCGCUGCGCUCCUACAUCAUGAUAAAGAGACCCAAUGAUCACCUGAUGUUUCCCCGCAUGCUGAUGAAGCUGGUGAGCCUCCGUACGCUCAGCAGCGUCCACUCGGAGCAGGUCUUUGCCCUCCGCCUCCAGGACAAGAAGCUUCCCCCGCUGCUCUCCGAAAUCUGGGACGUCAACGAGUGACGGCGCACCGCGACGUCUUUUUGGAGCCGCGGCCAGCAGGAACACUGACUCCUCUCUGCCCCGUGUGGUCGGAUCGGAUAUAGCAAUGAGAUUGAUUUUUUUUUUUUGGGCGGGUGGGCGGGGGAGAGGAAGAGGAAGAGGAGGAGAGCAUCGUCGCCCCUUUGCUCUCAAACGGACUGCGAACAAGACCCAUGAACACUCGGUUGUCUUUGAGCCCUUUUUUUUUGUUGUCUUUACGUUUUUGUUGUAGUUGCCGACGUGAUUAUGGGGAUUAUUAAAUACCAGCGUAACAAUUACUCCGUAGCCAGUUUUCUGUUCGAUUUGGUAUUUGUUGAUUUCUAGUGCAGUUCUAUACACACACAGUCUAACAAUUAUAAUCUGAGUGGGUCUCGGCUAGUCGGGAUCACGUUCAGUUGAAAUAGCGAUAUCUCUUUUUGUUUGUUUGUUUGCAGUCGUGCAAUAGUUGAGCACACAGACGCGCGCACACGGUGCGGUUCACUUUAUUGACGUCGGGUUAAUAGUGGGAGGCCGACCGGUUGGCAUUGUGGGUCGUGAUCAGGCAACAAGUAGUCCCCGUCGGAGUAAGUGCAGGAAUCACAAGCGGCCGGUGUCGUCGCUCAGGUAACGUAAUGUGAAGUAGGCCUCCUUUUGGUUCCCGGGAGAAGACUUUUGGUUUCCUUUCCGAGUGCAUAAAAGGGCCCUUUUUGGUCAUCCGUAGACGCCCAUUGACUUUCAUGUAAAUUGUAUAUUUAUUUUCACAAGGAAAAAAAAAAAAGCUCACACACACACAUACAGAUUGUACAAUCGCAUACUUGACGCACAACAAAGUACAACUCAUUAAGAGGAAGCUAAGUCUUUUAUUUUACACAGCGCUGGAGGUACUGACGAGUCUUCGAAAUUCCAUGUAAAGAUUUCAAAGAAACUAAACAGGAAGUCGAGCUGCCGUCUCUUGUGACCCUCCGUCCAAAUAAAUGAGAGAACCAUCUGGACAAAGAUGCGUUUUUAUAAAUCAAAAGUAGAAGGAAUCAAAUUCACCUAUUUACCUGUAUGCGGGAUGUACUUUUUAAUUCAUUAAAUUACAAAGCAGUUUAUAUUUUAGAUGUUUUGUUGUUGUUUUUAAGCGGUGUGAGAAAUGUGUAAGCGACAUUCAUGUAGCUCGAACGGGACGUAGAGGAUGUGACGGCCUUUUUAUUUUUGAUAAUAUUACUGUGUGAAUGACGCCCGAGGGCGAAUGUACCGCUGGAUGUCAGGUGGUGGAACUUCUCUCCAUCUACAGCAGCUUUUAAAACUGGUCAGAUUUAGGAAAAGAACCGCAUUGUACCAAAAUCUCUUAUUAAUAAAGUGGAGCCGGAGAACCGUCGAGUGGAAACGCGACACUUUUGAGUUCUAAUAAACUUCAUAGCUACAGAGAACGAGGUGUCUGUGCUCGUGCUGUGUUUCCGAUGCUUCCCUCCUGCGCAGGUGUGAACUUUGAAAUGCAAAGUUUUAUUUUAUUUUUAGGGUUUGAAAACCAGAGUGUGUGUGUGUGUGUGUGCGUGUGCGUGUGUGUGUGUGUGGUCGUUAGAGCUGCUUCACCAUUUUAAAGUGUCCGAACACCGCGAGUUUAACUUUAAAAUUGAGUGUUGUACUGGAUUAUUUUUAUUAUUUUUUGUAGCUACAAUUUAUUUUUUAAUAUAAAUAUAAGCACGACUCCCCCAGCAACGGGCUACCAGUGAUGUCCUUCUCAAUUACACAGCCGGGCCUCGUUUUUGAUUUGAUCCAAAUUAAUUGUGUGUUUUGAUCAUUUUGAAUCUCUCUCUUUCUCUUUCUCUCUCUCUCUCUCUCUCUCUCUCUCUCUCUCUCUCUCUCUCUCUCUCUCUCUCUCUCUCUCUCUCUCUCCAUCCAAGAAUGUCUCUAUUAAAACAUCAUUUUUGUUUUUUUAUUUACCUUUUUUGCGGUCAAUAUUUUAUUGCCUUCAUUUUUCCACAGCAGACAUUUUAAACGUCUUUAACGGAUCGUGGGAAUAAAUUGUCGAGUCAGCAGUAACUGCCCUGGUUGCGGUUUGCAACAAUAUAUGAAAUAUAGAUUUGUGACUUUUCUUUAAUUCUUGCUCCUUCCGUUCUGCAUCAAAGUCUCUGUUCUCUGGCAAAACGCGGUGAGCGCCACCUGUUGGUUGGUUGGUUGGUUGAACACAAACAAGUGGGUGUUGCUCUUCCUCAUUCUUUGUUUUAAUAACAGUGAUCACAGAAACAGUUAAACUUCCUGUUUCUCAACAACAAAAAUGCUUUACAAAAGGAUUUUUUUUUGGGGUUUCUUCCUGCUUCCCAACUGGAAGGGAUUUUAUUUUUUUAAGGGGCAACAUGAGGAAAUUGAAAGUCAAACUUGAUACUGGUAAUCUAAAAAUAUUAUGCUGAAUAGUUUCCCCAGUCUGGACGGACUAAAAGACGUUUUCUGACCAUGUUUUGUAUCGAGACACUUUUUUGCUUAGAGAUGUCUUUUUUUUGUCUUCUUCUUGACGCUCAAUAAAUGAUUUCUUAUUGAUAUUCUUAAAUCCCUCAAACCCUUGAAUGAUGUAUUUGUUGUUUUUUCUUUUUUGACGGGUCAAUCAAUAUCAAAGAAGCAGAAUAAUCGGUGUGCAUAAUUUUCAGAUGCUACUUUUUUUUUUUUAUGAAAUGCGUUUGGUUUUUUUCCGCUUGCAGUUUAUCUCUAACCAUUAAAAUGUAAAAAGUAGGUUCUGUAUUUGGGGGAAUUUUCCAACGAGCCCCGUCUGAAUCCCAGGUCUCGCAGUCAUCAAACAAGCAAAAACACCACUUUUUUUUUUCUUUCUCGAGUGUACAUGUCAUGUUAAAGCUGUCGGUAUCAAAGGUUAAUUGUUCUGUAUAUACUGUAACGGUCGUCUCAGAUCUCAUUUGCUUCCCGUCUUCAAAGGGUGACACUGUAAAACAUUGAUGUAUAGAAAUGCAAAAACCUAUUUUAAUACUCGUAACUCAUGAAGACCUUUUCUUGUUUUGUAUGUACAGUAUAAAUUAAAGCGAUGCUGUAGUGCU